UCAUUCAGAUAGAAACUGAGCUUCAGAAAGACUGACAGCACACCAAGUGGAGCUGGCACUUCGUGAAGUCUGAUCAUAUUUGGAAGAAACAAGGGGUUUGCAAUGAGAACCAGGACUUACUUUUCUGUGCUGGUAUUGGUCUUAAUUCAAGCAGCCUGGGCUGUAAAAUAUCUACACCGAGAAACCCAGGUCUAUUUUGUUCAGGAGCGCAGUCCCAAUAAACACUUUGAUGUGUUGGUGGACGGAGAUGAGGUUUUAUACAUGGACUUCAACCUGAAGAAGGAGGUGGCCCGGAUCCCCGAGUUUCAGCACAUUGUAAUGCGGGGAGGAGAGGCGGGGAUCUCAGCCAAUAUCGCCAUCAUGAAAAACAAUUUUAAUGUUUGGAAGAACCUGUCCCAUGGGACCCCGGAACCGAAAGUUGCCCCUCAGAUUGCCAUGUAUCCUGAAGAGCCUGUUGAAUGGGGGCAGCCCAACACAUUGAUCUGUCUGGCUGAUAGAUUCUACCCUCCACACAUCAGCAUGACAUUGUUGAGGAACAGUGAGCCAGUGACUGACGGAGUCAACAUUACGGAGUUCUAUAUGAAACAGGAUUAUUCCUACCAGAGAUUCACAUACCUGAGCUUCAUCCCGAAUCCUGGAGACAUGUAUUCCUGUCACGUGGAACAUGAGGGGCUGCAGAAUCCAACAACUGUAUUCUGGGAACCUGAAGUACCUGAGGAACAGACUGGUCCUUGGACAGUGAUCUGUGUUCUGGGAAUUAUCCUGGGUAUUAUCAGUGCUGUUGUAGGGGUCAUCUUACUGAUCAAAGAGAGACAGCGGCUGCAAGCUCAGCAACACGGCAUCUAGGGAUGCUAGAACACAUCUAACGUACUGAUGGGAGGAUUGUGCAGAAAGGAGAUAGGAAACCAAUGCAUUCAGCUUCUGAUUAUAUCUGAUGGCUUUCUUUUCAAUUUAGGUAGAAGACAGAAAAUGAUUUACUAAAUUCACCAUCUUUGGACUGUGUCCUCUCAGUCAACUAUAAAACAUUCAAGUCUCCUCACCACUGCACUGUCUCCUCUCUCACUUUGUGUGAAGCAGCAGCCUGUAAAUAAAGAGAAUUGACUUCUUGGUUUAAUGCAAAUUUAUUCUCUGAAUUCAUGAUCAGUCUUUAAAUAAUUUUCAAAGAUAGACUAAUUUGUUCGAAAUAAAGCAUUUCCUUUUCUUGUACCACAUGAACAACGUCAGUUCAUUAAGAUGUUUAUGGUGUCAUGAAAUCCAUUAAAACUUGUACAAAUCCCUAA